CUUAAAAGCUUUGAAAAAUAAUUAAAAAUAAUGUUUUCUUACUUAAGUAAGGCAUUUUUUCUGUUUCCCUUCUAAAGUUCCUUCUUUAUACAUUUCACAAAUGUGGAUAAUGUCACUUUGGUUGCUUGUCAGAGUCUGGAGUCCCCUCCUUGGCUCCAGCAGCCACACGCCUCCUCCGGCCUCUCUGCAGGCGUCUGUAGAUGAAGUCAAAAGCUGAGGAGGUGUAGUGUGCAAACGUGCUGGUCCAUUUAAUCGCACCCACUACACAUUCCACAAAGCGACCAACAAAUGCAGCAAAGACUGUAGUGUAGUGAGCCAGCAGGAGGAUGUUCUUCCCAAGCUGCUUGCCUUGGUUGAUGAUCAGGUUGACUCUUUGGUCACGAACAGCCAUUUUUAUUUUUUUUAUUUUUUUAAUGCCCUCUGACAGAAAAAAAGUCAAUUAUUUUGUCUGUACGGAGGUUAAAAUAAUAUUUGGGUAGACACUCCCUAAAAAAAGGAGUCUUUACAUUUGCAGACGGUCCCUUACGGCUUGUCCAAUCAGAGCGCAGGAAGUUUUGUUUCCGGGUUUGUUUGGUGAUGUGGCUCUGAAAUCCAUCCGAGGAAAUAAAGAAUAUUAAAUCCAGACGUUUAGACUUGAGGAGCAUCCGCACAGGUCGGUCAAAAGCCUUUUUCUUCUAGAAUGCACCACCAACUGUAGCGUAGAUUCAGCUGUCGUUCCCGGAAAAGGGAAAACUCCGCAGCUUUUUUUUGGGACGUUGCUCUUAUUUACCUUUUCCCAGCGUUAGCUAGCCAAAGUAGCUAACUUUACUGUGUUUCGGAUACAGCAGUCACGAUAAGAAGCGGGCGUUUCCCGGGAGUCUCCGGUUUACGAGACGUGUCGUCUUGAUGCUCAGCCGUCUGGCUAACGUCCUCCAGGAGCUCUCUGGAGAGGAGGGCGGUGAUGGAGACCAGCAGGACAUACUAGUGCCGGCGCUCCCUCCGGUUGAGGGUCAGGCUCCGAUGGAGUCUGAGGUACCAGAGGACGCCAUGGAGCGACUGGCCCACCUGGAGCAGCUGGUGGUCCAGCUGAAGGGGCUCGUCCGGGAUAAAGACGCGCAGCUCGUGCUGAAGGACACGGAGCUGAGCAGCAAAGAUGCACAACUCAAGAGCGAGAAAGAAGAAGCUGAGGCCCGCUUCACCAAACUCAAACUCCAGGCCAAGGCCAAGAUGGGCUCCCUCACCAAACAGAUUACCGAGCUGAAAGGACAAGCAGCCCAGAGUCCAGACAGUUCAUUCACUGGAGCUGGUGCUGCGCUGGAGGAGGAGCUUCAAGACCUGAGGAAGAAGCUGAGCGAGGAGGAGGCGCAGAGGAGGCAGCUGAAGGAGCAGCUCCAUGCGGCCGAACAGCUGCUCCAGGAGAAGGAGUCGAGUCAUGUCCAGCAGGUGCAGGUUCUGCAGACUGUGGUGUGUGAGAAAGACGUUCGUUUCCAAGAGCAGAUUCAGAAACACGAAGAGGAACUGCUGAGGCUCACGAACCAGAACCAGAACGAGAUGCAGCAGACUCUGCAGGCGGCCCAGCAGAGGUGCCACGAGCUGGAGGCGGCUUUAAGCUCUCGCUCUCAGGAGCUGGAGAUGCUGCAGCAGGAAGUGAACAGUGCAGAUCAGCAGAAACAGAUCCUGACGGCUCAGUUCCGGCAGAUGGACCAGGAGCUGGCUGAGGCGGUCCGGCAGAGGGAGGAGGACCGGCAGCAGUGGGCCGAGCAGGCCAGCAAAGCAGAAGCAGACCUGACGGCGCUGAGAGCCAGACUGGAGGUCCAGGAGGGUGAGCUGAAGUCUCUGAGAGAAGCCGGUGAAGAGGCUCUGAAGAGGGAAAAGAUGGAAGUUAUCAGACUGGAAGCAGACCUGACUCUGUCCAAAGAGGCCGAGCUCGCAGCCGUCCAGGCUCACAGGGACGCUUCGGAGAGACACGAGGCGGAGAGAGCUCAGCUGGAGGGCGAGCUCGCUUCAGUGCGCGAGUCUGCAGCGGUCAGCGUAGAUGCCAUGGAGAAGGAGAAGUCGGGCGUUGAGCAGCUUGAGAAGGAGCUGGUUGUCCUCAGGGAGGAGCGGGAAGCCUUUCAAAGUAAGAGCGGGAUCCUUGAUGAGAUUUGGAGACAUAUACGCUCUGUUGGUCUGGACAGCGAGGCAAAGGAAACUCCGCCCCCCGCUGACCCGUCGGCGCUGUUGGACGCCGUUCGGUCCCUGACGAGGCUGAAAGAUGAAAAGAACGAGGUCAUCCAAACCAUGGAAACCAUUAAAGCACAACUGGACAGAAAAACAGCCGAGCAGGAGGAAGCGUCGGCCAGGAUACAGGAGCUGGAGCAACAGGUCGGAACUAUUACUGAAGAAAAAGAUGCUCCAGAACCGUCAGAGAAUUCAUCUGAAACUGAGAAAGAACACAUACUGGCGUUAGAGCAGCAGCUUUUGGAGAAGGACCGUGAACUGGCCGCCCUACAUGAAUCUAUAACGGAAGCUUUGAAGCACAGCUCCAGUCAGGCUGCAUCCCAGGAAAACUGCGAUCAGGAUCCAGCUGCGGACUCUGACCCCCAUCUAAUGGAAGACGCACAAGAAGAGGACACCACGCUGGUUGCUGAAAACUCCGUCGUUUCUACUGCUAACGAGAGCAGUCCGGAGCUGAUCGGAAACCAGUCCGAGUCCCCUGAAGAAUCUAAAGGCACCUCGUCGGACGAGAUGGUGGCCAGCAGCGAUUCAGAAGUCGCCCACAGCAGCUGGACUCUCCUGGAGGCUCUGAAUCAAGAGGCAGGUCAGGAGUGGCCCUCUGGGCCUCAGGACUUUGGACAGUCGUGGGUGGCAACAACCGUGGAGCACGAGGCCUCCACAGCCCAAACCGAGUCCUCCUCCGUCCUCAUCGAGGAGACGGUUCAGGUUCACGAGGCUCAGCAGAGUUCCUCUUCUGAACCCCCAGGCCUCUUCGCUCAGGCUUUAGCCGAGGAGCUGCAGAGGAGGUACAGCGACCUUCUGCUUGAGCUGGAGACGCUCAGAGAGGCUGUGGCCGGAUCCCAGCAGAAAAUCCUGAGUCUCGAGGAGGAGACGCGGUCUCUUCAUGCCGCCAAGGACGAAGCUCUGACUCACGCUAGCAACUUAGCGAAUGAGCUGGAGGCGGUCAGAGAGCAGAUGGAGGAGCACAGUCGGGAACAAAGCUCUGUGGAGGAGAAACGCAGCGAUCUGGAAGAACAGACGAACAUUUUGAGGAGCGAAAAUGAAACCAAGGAGGAGAAGAUUCAGGUUUUACAGGCAGAUCUGGAGGCGACCCGUCAAGCUCUGGCUGAGCAGCAGCGUCAGACCGGGAUGCUCAGCGCUCAGCUGGAGGACAGGGAGCAACUCUCAUCUGGGCUGGAGAGGAGGCUCCAGGAGGUGGAAAACAGAGCGACGGAGUUCUCCCAAACUACAGAUCUGAACUUGGAGAUCCAAGAGUUACAGCAUCUCCUCAACGAGAAGGAGAAGGAAAUGAUGGAGCUCAGCGACAGCAUGUCUGCUAAACUCCUCCGAGCUGAAGAGGAGAAGCUCCAGGUUGAUGAGGAGGUUAACAAACUGAAGGAGAGGAUUGUGGAGCUGGAGAAGGUCAAAGAAGAGAAGGAGAAGGAGGUGACGGAGCUCAGCGACAGCAUGUCUGCUAAACUCCUCCGAGCUGAAGAGGAGAAGCUCCAGGUUGAUGAGGAGGUCAACAAACUGAAGGAGAGGAUUGUGGAGCUGGAGAAGGAGACGGACGUUCGUGAAGACGAGGAGGUGCUGAGUUUAAGAAAGGAGAAGGAGGAGCUGGACUCUCAGCUGGCUAACAUGAAGAAGAAGCUGCAGGCGGCGCUCGUGCAGCGCAAAGAGCUCAUGAAGAAGGUUGCCGAUUUGGAAAACAAGGCCAAAACGUGGAAAGAAAAGGACGAAAUGGUUACUGAGGAAGUUCCUCAUGCACACGAAGCUAAAGGUCUCGAGAUCCAAGAAUUGGAGAACAAAGUUACUGAACUCACAGAGGCUUUACGGCUUAAAGAAGAAGCGGUCGAGGUUCUCGAGCAGAAAAUCGCCGACAUCCUCGCUCAGAACGAGAAGCUGAGCGAGGAAGUCCAAAACCUCCAGAAGGUCGAAACGACCGCCUUGCAAACUCAAGUGUCCUCCCUCGAGGCGGAGUGCGAAAAUCUUCAGAAGAAGGUCCAGGAUGCUCAGGAGUCUCGCAAAGAAACGAUACGCAAAGCCAAAGAAAAAGACCGGCACCACCGCGAGCAGCUGAAGCAGCAGAAGGAGGAGUACGGCGAGCUGGCGCAGCGCUUUGAGGCGCAGAGCGGCGAGCAGGACGCUCUCCUCGCCAAGCUGAAGGAACUAGAAGACCGAGCGGAUGUGGAGAAACCAGCCUCCAGCGGCUGGGCUCAGGAAGACUGGGUGGACUUCUCAACGACUUCAAAACCUAGCGAUCCGGAUCAGCGACCUGCGGAAGUGGAGGAGCGCGUGGAAGCUCUGAAGAAGGAGAUCCAGGCUGUCCAAACGUCAAACGCCGAGCUGGAGAUGAAGCUGCAGGAGGCGCAGACCAGUCUGUCGACGAAGGAGGCGGAAAUACUGGAACUUAGCCGAGAUCUGCAGACGCUAAAGGACAAGGAGAGACAAAUCGACGAACUCUCUGAGGAAAUCGCCGACCUCAGAGAAAAGUAUCAUCAGGCCGAGUCUUACGCAGAAUCCCUCAAAGCAGAGAUGGAAGCUGCAGCUGGAGCUUCCGCAGAAUCCUCCAUCGCAUCUCUUCAGGCCGACGUGGAAAACCUAAAACAGUUUCUGGACAACAAAAACCAGGAGAUGACGGAUCUGAGCCAGCAGCUCUCCGAGCAGAACUCACUCAUCCACUCCAUGCAGGACGUGGUGUCGCAGAAGGAUCAGCUCAUCGCCUCCUUGCAGGAGGAGCUGGAAAAGUCCCAAAAGCUGGAGGCCGAGCUCCCGCAGAAACAAGAGGACGACAGCGAGAUGAAACUCCAGCAGCUCCAGAGAAAGUUCCAGGCGGCUUUAAUCUCUCGCAAAGAAGCCCUGAAAGAAAACAAAACCUUAAAGGAACAGCUGGAUUCAUCAGAGAGGAUCGUGGAGGAGCUGAAGCAGAGAAUCGGCUCCGCAGAGGAGGAGCUGGAGAAGCUGCGAGCUGAAAGGGAUCGACUGAUCGAGGAGGUGGACCGGGCCUUACUGGAGAACCAAAGUCUGGGAUCGUCCUGCGAGAGCCUGAAGCUGGCCAUGGAGGGUUUCAUCAGCGAGAAGGACGCGAGCAAGAAAGAAGUGGAGCUGGCGAAGGAGGAGGCCGCCAGGGUGAGCAGGGAGUGGGAGGAGAAGGUCCAGGGCAUGAAGGAGGAGUACGAGACGCUGCUGAAAUCCUAUGAGAACGUGAGCGACGAAGCAGAACGGGUGAGGAAAGUCCUGGAGGCGGCCAGGCAGGAGAGGCAGGAGCUGUCGGCGAAGGUCAGGACGCACGAAGCCGCGAGGCAGGAAGCCGAACGACAGGCGGAGGAGGCGCAGAAGGAGGUGGACACGGUGAAGGACAAAAUGAGAAAGUUCGCGAAAACGAAGCAGCAGAAAAUCCUGGACUUGGAGGAGGAGAACGAGCGACUCCGAGAGAUGCAGGAAAAGCCGGAAACAAAGAGGGAAGAUGAACGUCUGAAAGAGGAGGUGGACGCUUUGACAGCUCAGCUGGAGGCUGCUAAGGUAGAUCGAGACUCUUUAGAGCAGCAGGUUGAAGAGCUGAGAAAACAAAUGGAGGAAAUGCAGGAGAAAGUAAUCGGAUCCGACGAGGAAGCUGUCAGCGCGCAACAGUCGGAUGCAGUGACGACAACCGAGCCGGUUCUGAGUCAAAGUGAAGAAACUGUUGUAGAAACACAAGCUGCAGAGGAAAGUCCAGAAGCUGCUGCUGAAAGUUUAUUAGAAACUAAAAUAAAAGAGAUUGAGGCAGCUUUUGAUGCAGAAAAGAGACUGUGGGAGGAGCGAGAGGCGGAGCUAAAAGCGGAACUGUCUUCUGUGGAACGGGAGCUUGAGGAGAGCAAAAGUCGGGAAAGCAUCGCGGCCUCCUCGGAGAAGAACCUAACCGAAGAGGUUUCCAGGACGGAAGGACGUUUCAAAGAAGUCAUUAAAGGUCUGGAAGCCGAGAAGGACAACCUGGAGGAGCGCCUCAUGAACCAGCUGGCUCAGCUGAACGGCAGCAUCGCCGACUACCAACAAGAAGCGGCCGAGAACCGCCAGCGCCUCGACCAUCUGCAGCAGGAGGCGGAGAGACUGGAGGCCGAGGCGCAGGCCGAGAGAGAGCGCGCCGCCAGGCUGGAGGAGGACGUGCGGCAGGCCCAGCGACAGAGGGCCGAAGCCGAGGCCGAGUCCGGCAAGCAGAGAGAGCUGGAGCAGCAGCUGCGCUCCGCUCAAAGGGUCAAGGAGGGCAGCCAGAGCCGAGCACGGCAGCUGGAGGAGCUGCUGCGGGAGAAGCAGCUGGAGGUCCGGCAGCUGCAGAAGGACAGCAUCCAGUACCAGGAGAGGAUCAGCGAGCUGUUCCGGGAGGCGAAGGCGCUCAAGCUCGGCCACGACGAACUUCUCAGCAAGCUAGAGCAAUCCCAGACGGAGUUUUCUAAAACUGUAGAAGAUCUGGGAAGAGCGAAAGCUGAGCUGGAAAACUCUAAAUCCCAACUAGCUGAAGCUCAGAAACAAGCAAGCGAAGCUUUAGUCGCGAAAGUGUCCGCCGAGCAGAGCAUCCAGCAGAGAGAGGCCGUCCUGAAAGCAGAGGCGGAGCAAACUCUGGAUUCUGUGAGGUUCAGGCUGGGGGCGGAGCUAAAGGAGAUGGAGCUGAGACUGGAGGAGGCCUUCACGGAGAGGGAGAGGGAGGAGGAGGCCACUCUGGAGGCCCGAGGGAUGGCCGAGGAGGCGGAGAGGCGCGCACAGGAGACGCAAGCUCGCCUGGACGAGUCGCUGGCCCGGCUGGCCGCCUUCUCCCGCAGCAUGUCCUCCCUGCAGGACGACAGGGACCGAGUCCUGGACGAGGCAAAGCAGUGGGAGACCCGGUUCAACUCCGCUCUGCAGACCAAAGAGGCUGAAGUUCGGGAAGCUGAAACACGAGUGAAGGAGCUCUCAGAUCAGCUGCAGAAAGAAAUCGCUCUAAAACAAGAACUCGAGGCCUCAGUGAGCAGAUUGGAGAAAUCCGAGACAGAGUGGCAGCAGAGACUGGAUGAAGAAACCCAAAAAGUCAAAGAGCAUCAAACUGCUCUAGAGGACGAAAAGAGGAAGCUUGAAGAAACGGGGGCGGAGCUACAAUCUGCACAAAGCGAGGUUCACGCCCUGAAGACGGACCUGGAGAGUCUGCACCAGAGGAGUCGGGCUCUGGAAGAAGCUGUGAGUCGGCUGCAGGGUGAAGUGGACCUAGCCAGAACCGAGCUCCAGCAGAGGGAAGCAGAAGAGCGGCGACUCUGUCUGAGUGUGGAGCAGCUGGAGACGGACCUGCGCUCGUCCAAGGCGCUGACGGAGAGCCUGCAGGCUGAGCUGCACGAGAAGGAGGAGCGAGUGGUGGAAAUGCUGGGGGAGCAGGAGCAAGCAGUCGCUCAGGCGGCAGAAGAAGCUAGAAAGGAGGCUGACACCAGGGCGCACCAAGCGGAGGAAGAGCUGCAGCAAAGAAGAGGAGAAGUUCGGGAUCUGGAGGAAAGAGUUCGAAAAGCAGAAGAAGAAAGCAGCAGCAGAAAAGCCAAACUGGACUCGUUUGUGAAGGCCAUGGGAUCCCUGCAGGACGACAGAGAUCGAGUCCUCAGCACCUACAAGCAGCUGGAGGAGAAGCACCUGCAGGUGAUGAUGGAGAAGGACGGUUUGAUCCAGGAGGCUGCGAGCGAGAACAACGGCCUCAAGGAGGAGCUGCGCUCUCUGCUGGCCCAGAGAGACGACCUGUACGCCGAGAAGGCCAAGCUGUCCGCUCAGCUUCACGGCUACCGCGAUGAGCUCAACCAAGUUCUGAGCAUGAAGGACUCGCAGCACAAACAGCUCCUGGCAGCCCAGAAGGAGCGCAUUGCCUCUUUGGAGAAGGAGCGCAAGGAGCUGGAGGACCAGCUGCAGAGUUUCAGCAGAGCCAGAGAGGAGGCGGAGGGGGAGACGGUGCAGAGAGUGGAGGCGGAGACUCUCAGUCAGGCAGCCUCACAGGUGACGGAUGCUCCUGGAGCGGAGGUGGAGAAGCUGAGGGAGCAGCUGCAGGCAGCCAGAGCGCAGCUGGAGUCCCUGGAGGAGCAGCUGCUCAGCGAGAGGCAGGAGCACGAGAGAAGGAGGAAAGAGCUGGCCGAGCUCCGCUGGGAGGGGGGCGUGAUGCGCACCGAGUCGGAGAGCGCUCAGGAGAGGGUGGCAGAGCUGGCCCGGGACCUGCUGGCCGUGGAGCAGCGGCUGCUGGAGGAGGCGGAGACCACCAAGCAGCUGAGAGCGGAGAAGCAGGCGCUCGGCAAAGCCAUGGCGUCGCUGCAGGACAACAGGGACCAGGCGGUGAACAGGGUCCAGGAGCUCAGCCUGAAAGUGGAGGAGAUGAGCAAAGCUGGCGGGCAGCCGGCCAGCAGCGGCGCUGGGGAGGUGUGGGGGCUGAAGAACGCCCUGCAAGCCCUGCAGAACGACAGGGAGAGACUGCUGGAGCAGCUUGAAGCACAAGAAGGAGAGCUGAAGAAGCAGAGGGCCGAGCUGUCCCGACUCGGAGCAGGAGAGCUGAUAAAAGUGGGUCAAGAGCUUUUUGAGGAGAAGAACAAGAACGAGCAGAUGCUGGAGGUCCUAGCACAGCUGGAGAGUGUGAUGGACAUGAACAAACAGGAAGUGGAGACACUCAGGCUGGAGCGCGUCGACCUGCUGGCUCAAGCGGAGCAGCUGAAGCAGCAAACCGUCACCACCCUGUCCGAGCGAGACCAGCAGCUGCGACAGCUCACUGCCAUGCUGGAGGACGCUCAGGCUCAAAGGCCCAAACUCCAGCAGGAAUCGUACCAGAGACAGGGCACUGAGGAAGUGGACAGCGCUCCUGGCGCCCCACAGGAGCGCAGCAGCCUGCAGGACUCCUACAUGGCUGAGGUCAAAGAGUUGCAGAGACGCCUAGAGGAUGAGACUCAGCAGAGGAUCAUGGUUGAGGAGCAGCUGAUGGUAACCCAGGAUCAACUAAAACGUCACAGUCAGGCGGCGUGGCAUUCAGCUCAGGAGGGCGAGCUUUCAGAAACGGCUGUUUUCAUCGAGCCUCCGGAGGGAGCCGUCACUCGGACCCGGCGAGGAGGUCCAGGUUUAAAGCGGACGUUCCGAGCGGCUUUCUGCUCGCGCCACCGCACCCCGCUGCUGCUCGGCCUCUACCUGCUCACCGUGCACGUCGUGCUGCUCCUGUGUCUGGGCGGAUACCUCUGAAAUCCAACAAUAAAAAUCCUAAUUUAUACUGUUACUGCAGCGGGACGGCUGUUCUGAAAAUAAAAACAUGCACUUUACCGAACUUGUCAUCCAAAGUGUACAGAUUUCUAGAGAAAGCUGCUGUUGUUUCAAAUCUCUGCUGAUUGGCGUGUGGAGGGUUCGGUCAGAGGGGACUACAUUUGACUCUGAAACACAUCUGGAAGGGAAAAUGUACAAUAAUAAUCAAAUGUUUUGGAAGAUGGUGGUCUUUGUGUGCCUUUAGACAGAACCGUUACUUCACAUGAUAAAACACAUGUAUGCAUUUUGAGGAGUAUGCAGUGUCAAGACUGUAAUAUGUACUGUAUGUACUUUUAUUUCACACUUCCAAGUACUUCAAACUGUUUCUUUGAGAAUUUCUAAAGAUGUAAAGACUAAGCUGAUUUAUUGAGGGACAAAAAGGUGACUUUCUGAGCCGUUCUGUGUUCUAGCUCCACCAAAAAGGAGAUUUUCUGGCAUUUCAUGCAUAAAGGAAGAGCAUCAUUCCUGUAAUUUUCUACCUUUCUCUUUUCCUUAAAGGAGCAUCUUACAUUGUGUCCUUGCAAACUGCAGAUCUCCAUCUACCUGCUUAUCCAUUUAUACCCUGUAGUUUUCAUGUUUUGACCAAAUUUUGUGCCAGUUCUAAACUGUAAAUUCUUUACAAAAAAAAAUUACAACUGCUGAUUUCUUUAAUAAUUAGCAUCCUAUUUAAUCCAGUGGAUUCUUUUGCCAAUUGUCUGUUUAGUGCAUUCCAUGUUCCAUUAUUUAUUAGUGAAACUCACCAUAUCACUAAAUCACUGGUUGAAGGGCUGCUUUUCAUAAAUAAUUCAUGAAUAAUUCAUGUGAAAUGUUCGCUCGGAUCAGGGACCAGACUUGAGUAUUAAAACAAUGUUUUCGCUGGGAAAGAAAAAAAAAAUGGGAUGUUUUGUUUACUCCGAACUCUGUGGACAUUAUUAAAAUAUGAUAUAAUUCAGGAGGAGUUACUACAUUUAUUAUUUUUUUGUUACUGGUUGAAAAUAACACUAGAAUGAUUUUCUGUAAGAUGAGGGAGAAGUAUGUAUGUAAACGUGUCCUGUUGGCUGAAUGGAAACGUGUUUAAAGAUUUUAUUAAAAUAUUCUUUAAACUGUA